CUUGGCCAAGGUUGCCAGAAUUGAUAAACCCUCGGCUAGAGACUGCGCAAUUGCCAUCCAAUCGGAGAGCAAAUAGUCCAUUGCCAACCAGUCAGGGUGGAGUGCGAAGGCGACAGGCUUCAGUGUUAAGUCGCACUGUUAAGUCACUGACACGUUGCGUACCAGGAUGAGGUCUGAGUGAAGAUCAAAACCCCAGCACUGAAACUCAGCUCAUCACCACCACUACCCGGAGACCUCUGGAGCCCUCUAACAGCGUGACGAUGAGUCCUGCCUCAGCCAGCUGUGCCCCAGCCUGCAUGACUCGGCUGUGUCUGCUGCUCCUAGCCUGCUUGCUGCUUCCCGUCAGCUGUGACGAGGAUUACUACAAGCUCCUGGGGGUCCAAAGAGAGGCCAGCACCAGGGAGAUCAGACAGGCCUUCAAGAAGCUGGCACUCACAACACACCCGGACAAGAACCCUAAUGACCAGACGGCCCACGAUAAGUUCCUGAAGAUCAACCGGGCGUACGAGGUGCUGAAGGACGAGGACCUGAGGAAGAAGUACGACAAGUACGGCGAGAAGGGUCUGGACGAGCAGCAGGGCGGGCGUUACGAGAGCUGGAACUACUACAGAUACGACUUCGGGAUCUAUGACGACGACCUGGAGAUCAUCACUCUGGACAGAGGAGACUUUGAUGCGGCGGUUAACUCCGGGGAGCUGUGGUUUGUCAACUUCUACUUCCCUCGCUGCUCCCACUGCCACGAGCUGGCCCCCACGUGGAGGGACUUUGCAAAGGAGAUGGACGGCGUGAUAAGGAUCGGAGCGGUGAACUGUGGCGACAACGGCCGGCUGUGCCGCAGCAAAGGCGUCAGCAGCUACCCCAGCCUCUACGUCUUUAAAGCCGGCAUGAACCCUGAAAAGUACCACGGGGACAGAUCGAAGGAGAGCCUCACCAAGUUUGCCAUGCAGUUUGUGAAGAGCAGAGUCACAGAGCUCUGGCAAGGGAACAUCUUCAAGGAGAUUGAGCAAUCGUUUUUGUCAGGCAUAGGCUGGCUUAUCACCUUCUGUGCUGAGACUGGAGAUUGCGUGGGAUCACAGACCAGACAGAAGUUGGCGGGGAUGCUGGAGGGCCUGGUGAACGUGGGCUGGAUGGACUGCACCACCCAGGCGGAGCUGUGUGACAGCUUUGAGGUGACGGGCAGCUCCACCGCAUUCUUCCCCCCUGGCAGCACCCUGAAGGACAGGGCCAGCGUCCUGUUCCUUCAAAGUCUGGAUGCCAGGGACAUCUACAGUGAGGUGAUCCAGCACCUGCCAGACUUGGAGACUCUGACCAAAGACAGCUUCAAGGUGAAGCUGGAGCGCCAUCGCUGGCUGGUGAGCUUCUCCUUCGGUCAGAGGGGCCUGGCGUCCCAUGAGUACAAGAAGCUCAAGACCCUGCUGAGAGACGACCACAUACAGGUGGGCAGGGUGGACUGCUUGUCGGAGGCAGAGCUGUGUGGCUCUCUCUACAUCCAGAAGCCUUGCAUCGCCGUCUUCAAAGGCCUGGGCAUCCACGACUUUGAGAUCCACCACGGGAGGGACGUCCUGUAUAACAUUGUGGCGUUUGCCAAGGAGAGCGUGAGGGCCCAUGUGACCACCCUCAGGCCAGACACCUUCCCCCUCGAUGUCAAGGAGCCCUGGUUGGUCGACUUCUUCGCUCCGUGGUGUCCUCCAUGCAGAGCACUCCUCCCUGAGCUGAGGAAGGCCUCGGUGCAGCUGGUUGGUCAGCUGAAGUUUGGAACGUUGGACUGUACCAUUCACGAGGAGCUGUGUAGCAGGUACAACGUCCAGUCCUACCCCACCACGGUGAUCUUCAACAGGACCGGCAUCCACGAGUACGAGGGGCAGCACUCUGCUGACGGCAUCCUGGAGUUCAUACAGGACCUGGUGAACCCCAGCGUGGAGGUGCUGGACCAGGACAGCUUCUCCAGGCUGGUGAGGAGGAGGCCGGAGGGGGAGACCUGGAUGCUGGACUUCUACGCCCCGUGGUGUGGGCCCUGCCAGGCCCUGCUGCCAGAGUGGAGGAGGAUGGCACGGAUGCUCAGCGGCGUGAUCCGUGUCGGGUCAGUGGACUGUCAGAAGCACCAGUCGUUCUGUCAGAACCAGGGGGUGCGAGCGUACCCAGAGAUCCGCCUGUACCCCCAGAACGCGCAGAGACCAGACCACUUCCAGGGCUACAGUGGCUGGCACAGGGAUUCCCACUCUCUCAAGGUGUGGGCUCUGGGGUCUCUCCCCAGGGCAUCGGUGGACCUGGGUCCGGAGGGCUUUAGGACCCAUGUGCUGGGGGGGCAGGACCACUGGGUGGUGGACUUCUAUGCUCCCUGGUGCGGGCCUUGCCAGCACUUUUCUCCUGAGUUUGAGGUUCUUGCCCGGAUGGUGAAGGGCACUGUAAGAGCAGGGAAGGUGGACUGCCAGGCGCACUACCAGACAUGCCAGAGCGCUGGCAUCACCGCCUACCCCAGCGUCCGGUUCUACCCCCACCUGGGCACCAGGAGGCACGACCAGGGAGGGGAGCACAUCAACAGUCGAGACGCCGGCAUCAUCGCCGACAUCCUCCGCCAGCGGCUGCAGCUGCUGUCGCCACGGUUACACGACCAGAGCAGCCUCAAGGAUGAAUUGUGAAAGGCGGAGACCUGAUUGGACGACUCACCCGCCAAACCACAACCCACAGGCACAUGCAUUCUUCUUGAUAAUAUAGGACUCCGAGAACGUAGGAGGUGCGAAUUAGAAGACAUCCGUCCAAAGACCUAUACUACGAAGCAGGGUUUGGCGUUAGCAAACUCCAGGUUUAACCCUGGGUUUUCAGUGUCACGACGGUGGUUCACUUUUUACCGGGGUACAUCACCAUGGUAACUUAAAUUGCACACUUAGCCUGCUUGGGAUCUCGGUUUGAGAUGGCAGAUCAACACGUAUAAAUGCACCGCCUACUGACCAACCAGAUCUCUUUGAAAAUGGCGCCACCGUUCAUAGAGGAUCUCGGUGAAUGGCGAGAGGGUCUCUUAGGAAGGCAAGAGUUUUGAAAAAGUGAUCGACAAAACCCUUCAGAUCUCCCUGGCGAGUGUCGACAUGAUGAACCAUGAGGUUCAUCUUUAGCAGCUUCUUAAGCCAAACGUUGCCAGUCUUCAUCGCUUCAUUUUCUUUCCCCUCUUAGCUGCGAGCAAUUUCAAAGCCAUUUCACUGUUCCAUAGGCCUUUUAAAUCCCGAUAGCAUCUUAAAAACAGACUGAUUAAAGCACUAAAACCUCGUGCUUGUCGACCUUUUCAGAUUUGAAAGGAAGCCUAGCAUACUUGCCAAUUUGAAUUGAAUUCAAAUCUGAAUUCAAAAUGCUAUCGUUUGAAUGUUUUUAUAUUUGUUCUUUGCUUCCGAGACUUUAACACUGCAGGGGUUGCAGCUGAAAGAAUAAAGCGAAAAUUGUCUUGACACGCCAUAAUAAUAGAUCCUAGCAGCACAUUAAUUUAACGGAAUACUCAAUUGUAAUUACAGUCAGAUCUAUUAUAGUCGUGCCUUGCUGAUGGGGCAAUGAUCUCGAUAAGCCAAUUAAAUUAUGCAUUUACACAAUCUGCAAUUUUUUUGCCAGCUUUCCUCCUGCAGCCACUGUGCUGUUUUUAGCCGUGAUUAUAGUAA